ACGAACGCAGAUCUAAUCUAAACAAACACAGAGAGAGGGAGAGACUGAGCCACACAGAGAGUUGUGAAGCGAUGGAGGAGACGCUGAUACAGAGGCUUGAGUCGGCAGUGACGCGCCUGGAGGGGCUGUCCUUCUCCGGAGGCGCUUCCGCGGCGGUUAGUGGCGACGACGCGCCGAUGGAUCCGUCUGUUCUGGCGUUCCAGGAUCUGAUUGGGCAGUACGUGGCUAGGGUUUCGGCCGCGGCGGAGAAGAUUGGGGGACAGGUGUUGGAUGUUACCAAGAUUGUGGCGGAGGCUUUUGAUGCUCAGAAGGACCUGAUUAUCAAGGUCAAGCAGCACAAGAAACCUGACAAUGCAGGGUUGGCUGAAUUUCUGAAGCCACUCAACGAGGUCAUUACAAAGGCAAAUAAGAUGACAGAAGGGAGGGGAUCUGAUUUUUUUAAUCACUUGAAGAGUGCUGCUGACAGUCUCUCAGCUUUAGCAUGGAUUGCCUAUACAGGGAAAGAAUGUGGAAUGAGCAUGCCUAUUGCACAUGUUGAAGAAAGUUGGCAGAUGGCUGAAUUUUACAACAACAAGGUUCUUGUUGAGUAUAAAAGCAAAGACCCCAAUCAUGUAGAGUGGGCAAAAGCUAUGAAGGAACUAUACUUACCUGGUUUAAGAGAAUAUGUUAAGAGUUUCUAUCCGCUGGGUCCAGUCUGGAGUCCAACCGGCACAGCUGUUUCUGCUGCUCCAUCAAAACCUAAAGCUCCCACACCAGGUGCACCCGCUCCUCCACCUGCUCCAUCGGCUUCACUCUUCAGUUCUGAUACUUCUCAGGCUUCCUCGUCACGCCCCAAACAAGGGAUGGCGGCUGUUUUCCAAGAGAUUAGUUCUGGCAAGCCUGUGACUUCAGGUCUGAGAAAGGUAACAGAUGAUAUGAAGACAAAAAAUCGUGCCGACAGAACUGGGGUUGUUGGUACCCAAGAGAAAGAAAUUCGUACCAGUGCACCUGCAGUUUCAAAAGUAGGACCUCCGAAGUUCGAGCUUCAAAUGGGUCGGAAGUGGGCUGUUGAGAAUCAGAUUGGAAAGAAAGAUUUGGUUAUUAGUGAAUGUGAUGCAAAGCAGUCGGUAUAUAUUUUUGGAUGCAAAGACUCUAUUUUGCAAAUUCAAGGGAAAGUGAACAACAUUACAAUCGACAAAUGCACUAAGAUGGCAGUUGUAUUUCAGGAUGUUGUGGCUGCUUUUGAGAUCGUAAAUUGCAACCGUGUUGAGGUUCAAUGUCAGGGCUCUGCCCCAACAGUUUCAAUUGACAAUACAGCUGGCUGCCAAUUUUAUUUAAGCAAAGAUGCUCUGUCUGCAUCUAUAACAACUGCUAAAUCAAGUGAAGUCAAUAUAUUGGUACCUGGUGCUGAACCUGAUGGCGAUUGGGGCGAGCAUGCAUUGCCAGAACAGUUCAUUCACCUGUAUAAAGAUGGUCACUUUGAAACUACUCCAGUUUCUCACUCAGCAGGAGGGUGAUUUGGAAUCUUUUGAUUGCCAUCUAAUCAUCUCCGUAGUCUCUUUCUUUUCUUUAACUACGCAUGGUUAACUGGCUUUUGUCCUUUAUUCAAUUACUUUUGGUAUAUAAAUGGGGUGCAUCUUUUUCUUGUUGGUUAUGGUUUCUUAUGAAUCUCACUGGUUUUCUGUUGUAUCAAACCAUGGGGGAUUCUUCUGCAUGCUUCAUUAAAAUCAUGGGAUUCUUUGGAUGGUUUUCUCGGGAAGUUUGUUUUUAGAGGAGUGUUGUAGCAAGGUUUUGGCAAUUGCGAGUGAGCUGGAAUCAGCAUUUGGGUUCUUGUAACGCUUAUUACUAUGUAUUUCCUUAUAUAUUUGUAGUCAUCUGCUACAAUCUUGAUAAGAAAUGGUAUACCGGUUUUAUGCUUGAA